CUAGGGCGAUGGGCCCACCUCUACAGCUGGUCGCUGGAGUCCGUUGCCCACCGGGUUUCAGGGCGCCGGUCCCUGGGGUCCCUGGUACCGCAGCCUUCAUCACUCCGACGGGCCCUCCGCAGCGUGUGUUGUGGGGUCGCACCGUGAGUCCAGGUGGAAACAGCUGGGCCUGGUCUGUCCCCUCAACUCCUGGUCCCCUUCCUCUCUACAGCAGACCCCUGACAGUCGCUCCAUGGACGGAGGGCGCAGCCGGACCCGAGAGGCGAAGAUGGAUGCUGCUAAGAAGGGAGACAUUCUUCUUUUGGCUGAUGAAAAGUUUGACUUCGAUCUCUCCUUGUCUUCUUUGAGUGCAAAUGAGGAUGAUGAAGUCUUUUUUGGACCUGUUGGGCAUAAAGAAAGAUGCAUUGCUGCUGGCUUGGAAUUAAAUCAUCAGAUUCCCGAGCAGCCUUCUGCAGCAGCCUCUGGCAGCCCAUGUACCUGGAGCCCUCUCACUGGGGAGAAGUUCGUGGAGGUGUACAAAGAAGCCCACUUACUGGCCUUACAGAUAGAAAGCCACAGCCGAAGAGAGGUGGCCCAGGCUACCAAGCCCGGAAAUGCUGGGAACCAGGGCACGGAGAGAUUCAUCCAGGACUCGAAAUUAAAAAUAAGUCUCUUUGAAAAAGAACAGAAAGUGGAAAAAAGCCCCAUGUUACUUAAAAGAGAGACAUUCUGCCUGUCAGGCAGCCCCUUGACGGUGCCACAGCUCUCGGGGGAUCAGCCUCCCUCAGGGGAGCCCCUGCUCCUGGCCUCCUCCCCAGCCCUGCCCAGUGCCCCUGCCCUGGCUGGCCCUGUCCCAACUGGCCCUGUACCGACCCAGAACAACCCAGGGCAGCCGUGUUCCUCUCAGCCUCCAAAUCAAGCUGGUCCUCAGAAGAGGAUUGCCAGCAAGCUACAGCCACCCCGAGCUUUGCCCGUGAGAGGGAGGCACCUUCCCCUGGCCACAGAGAAGCCCAAGAAGGAGGUACCGGCUAGUCUUCAGAGGAUAAAACUGAAUGAAAAGGAAUCCCAUAGGGAUGUGCUUCCAGACAAACCCAGCACUGCUCCGGAUGCCGCCAGCCUGCUGACUAGAGGAAGCCACCCAGGCCCAGGCAAGAGGUCUCUCCGCAUUCCUAACAAGAAGUCCCUGUUGAAGCCACCCAGCUGUACCACUAGUCUCUUGAGGAAAUCCUCUUCCUCGGGGUCUGCUUUGAGCCUUACAUCCAGUGCUUGUGCGUCUCCGGCAGCAGGCAAAGCGAAGCCCAGUGAACCACUGGCAAGUAUUCCUGCCAGUGGCUCCCGGCCUCUGUCAAGCACCAGCAAGUUGGGCAAAAUAGGACCCACCAUCCUGCGCCAGGCUUUGCCAGCAGCCCCUUCCAGGGCAUCUUACAGACAAGCCAGUAGGACUGAUGGUGCCCAGCCAACAGCGGAGCAGCCCAAGGUCCCCACCACAGCUCCUUUCACCCAACCCCGGACCCCGGACCUGGGAGGACCUAAGCUGGACCCUGACUCUGUUUCACCGUCUUUUCAACUGAAUAAAAUUGGAAGCAUAAGAAGGCAAGAGUCCGAUCCGAACUCCAAGACCAAGGUUGUGUCCACUCCUGUAAAUCCAUUCAAAAUCCCUCCGUUUCCUCCUGGUGAGUCGCCAAACAGUGUGACACCGAAGUUCUCACGGCCACAGCGGCAGCAGUCCUGGACGUCAUCUGGCAGGGUUGUCCACAGCACUCCUGUGAGACGCUCAUCUGGGCCCACUCCGCAAGGCCUGCCAACCAGCAUGAAGACCCCCAUGAGUGCAAGACGGAGGUCAACCUUGCCUACGCCUGCCAGCCGGAGCCUCCCUGGCCUUCCACUGAUGACACCUCAGACUAUGCCCAGGCCUCUGGUGUCCCCCCUGUGUGUGCCUGCUCGGCGACUUUCUUCUGAGCCUCGGAAAAGAUCUGCCGUAAGAGCCGGAUCGACGCAGGCGAGUGGCAGCAAGGCCGGUGGGCAGGCGGGCUGGGGCCUGUCCUCAGAUGAGAGCUCCUCCCCGCCCUCCUCGGUGCCUCAAGCACUUCGCUUUUCUCCAGAGAAAAGUGAUUUUCCUCUUUCCCAAGGCUCCACCAUAGCGGCAGCUCAGGACGAAGCAGAGCCUCGAGAAGACGGGUGCCCCAGUGAGGCUCUCGUAGACAUCAGGCUGGACCAGCUCACCAUCACUCCUGAAGCAGGAGGCAGAGACCUGGCUGACCGCCCUCUCAUCGACUUUAGCAAUACCCCUGAGGCUAACGUGGCUUUGGGACCCAGCAGCCAGCCCCUGCUCGACCUGGUGAUGAACACUCCAGACACAGAUAGAAACGGUGUGGGGAAGCCUCUAAAGGCUAAGCUUGGGCAGCUGAUUGACCUGGGCUCUCCUCUGAUCCAGCUGAGCCCCGAGGCGGAGAAAGAAAAUAUGGACUCACCACUUCUCAAGUUCUGAGUAGAACAUGACGCUGCUCUUGUGGCUUUAGAUCCUUAGAACGAGUUUCAGAAGUUAUUUGAUGGAUGGGGGAAGAGACUAGCUUCUUGUCUGGAGUGGUACCUGGGUGGGGUGUUCUAAGUAUGGACCUGAGCACUCUGCCUCUGGAGCCCCCCCAUCCCUGCCUUUCUGCUAGGCUGGAACAACUCUCAAAAUAUUUUGUUUUGAUUUUUUUCCAUGUAAAAUAGUAUGUGACUAUUUUUAAACUUGUUUGUUUGAAAAGUUAAUUAUUCUAGAUUUAAAUUAAGUAAAAAAGUGUAUUAAAGCAUACUUGAUUUUUAAGCUUGAUAUUCAACAUG